AUACAAAUUAUUUAUUUUUUUAGAUAUGAUCCUAAAUUGGCGAUGCGAAAUAAUCAUGGGGGGCAUGAUAAUAUCAAGGAGUCUAGUGAGCACAUGAAAAGAACAUAUGCAAUGUUCCAAGAUGUCCAUGUUAUGAUCUUUAUUGGGUUUGGAUUUCUCAUGACGUUCCUGAAAAAGUAUGGUCUGUCAGCUGUUUCCUUGAAUAUGUUAUGUUCAGUUCUCUCUAUACAGUGGUCAAUCCUCGUUCAAGGGUUCUUCCAUCCUCACUGCGAGGAUCCUCAUAUUCCAUGGGAUGAUUGUCCUUCCAGCUGGGGCUGGGUAGAUAUCAACGUAAUGACUCUACUCAAUGCAGAUUUUGCCACAGCUGCUGUUCUGAUUUCCUUUGGAGUUGUGAUUGGAACAACAACCCCGCUUCAGCUUCUUAUAAUGGUCUUUUUAGAGAUUGUUGUGUUUAACAUAAACGAGUAUGUUGGUCGAGGUGAAAUUAUGACUGUAGAUGCUGGAGAUACAAUCUUCGUUCAUAUGUUCGGAGCAUACUUUGGUCUAGCAGCAUCCAGAGUACUAUACAGUAAAAAGCAUGCUGACAGUGAGAAUGCUGGCGCUAACAAUAUAUCUGAUCUAUUCUCUAUGAUUGGAACUAUUUUCCUCUGGAUGUUUUGGCCCAGUUUCAACGCUGGGGCUGCAGCUGAGGGGGACGCACAAGCAAGAUGCGUAAUCAACACUUACCUCUCUCUCUGCGCAUGCGUGAUGUCCGCUUUUGCACUUUCCUCCUUCUUGGCUCCUGACCGGAAGUUUGUUAUGGAACACAUACAGAAUGCUACUUUAGCAGGUGGAGUUGCUGUUGGAGCCACAGCAGAUAUGGUGAUUACACCUCUUGGAGCAAUCGUCAUUGGAUUUGCAGCAGGGCUCAUCUCAACCUGGGGAUUCCAUUAUGCAACGCCGUUCCUGUCCUCUAAGUGGAAAAUAAACGAUACUUGUGGUGUAAACAACCUUCAUGGAAUGCCUUCUCUUCUAGGAGGAAUGCUGUCCGUAUUAUUGGCGGGUAUAGCAAACAGGGAUAUGUUAAUUAGUCUGAAUGAGAUAUUUCCAAUGCACCCGGAGAAAGGGUCAGGCUGGCAGGCUGGGGUGCAAAUGUCUGGAAUUGUCGUUACUUUACUCUUUGCUAUCGUUGGUGGAACAAUUACAGGAUUUGUGAUGAAGAAGGUUGGCGAGGUUACGAGAAACAAUGAUACAACUGUUCAUCAUACUCAUAACGGUAGUAUGACUACUGCUACUGUAGUCAAGUCUAAGACUGCAAUACCCCAAGAACUGCUCUACGAUGACAAUGCAUUCUUCCUAGUUCACCAGUUUGAAGUUUAAUUAUGUAAAUAUAUACAUAGUUGAUGAUAUACAGCUAAUAUUCUUCCAAUCAAAUUCAAUAAAUCUAUCUCGUAAAUGUA